CCUCGAGAGGGAGCCAGGAACAGAGGUGAGGUCGAGGGGGCAGCGGUAGGUAGAGGGGUGCUGGCUGAGGGGCGGAACCUUUUCUGCGCGGGAGAAGCAGCCGGUUUGAUAGAAGUUGUAGGCCUGAGAGGCGCCGGGGGAGGGGGGUGUAGUCCGUGGCUGUUCUCCUGUCGCUCCGUCAGUCAGUCAGGACUGACUUCUCCUCCUCCUUUUGCCCUUCCUGGCUGGAUAUCCUUCGCCGUGACUUUGAAAGAGUGGGGAUCCCUCCCUGGCAACUUCAGGGCGAAAAAGAACUCGGAUUGUGGAGUUUCUUGCUGGGAGAAGAACUGAUCUUUCCUGAAGCGUUCUUCUGUUGUUCUUUACAACUGUGUAGCUUGCACCCAAAAAGAGAAGCAAAAGGAUUACAUGAAACUUUCAAAGCCACCUUCUUCUAGUAGCUGUGUUUAUUUAAAAAAAAACAAACCCCAAAAACUUCAUGUCCAGAAAACUGCAGCAACUUCGAGAUGAGGAUACCAAUCCCUGUAUAUUGGAAUCAGAUGCUUCUCGAAAAUGCAUGGAUGACAGUAACUACAAUAAGGAUAUGUGUACUGUCCAUUUUUUAAGAUACAAAAACUGCAGAAAAUUUUGGAAUGGGAUCAUGAUCCAGAGAAGAAAGGAUGGGAUAAAACCAGCUAUGCCUACAGCAGAAGAAAGAAAAAACAUCCUGGAAUCAAGAGAAAGAAUACCGUAUUGAUAGACCAGUGCUAGUAGUUUAAGAUGUAUGGAGGUUUUACUGUAAAUAAGGUGUUCUGGAAAGAAUAUUGAAAACUGCCAUUAUAGAGUGACAAGUUGUAAAUUCUUCUAUAUACUAUUCUUCUGAAGUAUAAUUUAGGCUGUUCCCUGUACAAACUGUUUAUAUUACAACUAAAGCAGAAAUGUGAAGCUUUGGUUCUAUCAAAAUGAAGGGCUUUGUUGCAUAUAGCAGAAAUUCAUUAAUAAAUUCUGACCUUUUUAUAACCAUG